CCUACAUUAACUGCAUCUUUCAAAAUGCAGGCUGAUUUUGUGACUUGCAAAGUGACACAUCCCGCCAGUAGAUGAUGUUACACAUAUUUAAACAUGAUCCUACAAUGUACAACAAGAUAAAUAAGAAAAUUAAGCAGAAGGAGGAAAUUUAAUGAAAGUGAAAACAAGUUUGUGCUUCAGGAAGAAAAACCGGUGCGUCUCUUGUGUUAUGAGGCCGUGUCUGUGGUAAAGUAGGACAAUAUAAAUGCAGAAUUCAGCCUCCAAGAAAAACAGCAGACCGCAAUCACAGCAGGAUACGUUACAAUCGGCCCUUUGAGGGCCACAAUAAUGCUGAUGUGGCCCUCGGUGAAAAUGAGUUUGACACCCCUGACAUAAAGUGUUGUCCCAAGUAAAACAUAUUAGUCAACCGACCAAAGCAAUCGUUCCAUGUGUAGUGUUAAAAUGAUUAUUAUUAUUUAUAUUAUUAUUAACAUUAUUAUUGCUGUUGUUAGUAUAAGGAGAGUGUAUGAAAGAGAAGGAGAGGUUGUACUCCUCCCACAGGUAUCCAGGUACGCUGUUCCCUCCCUCCUGCUGGCUAUAUAAAACCACUGUUACCUUCCAGUGAAGCGCUGUUCCUUUACACUCAUCCUAGCAUUCAUCACUCCACUCGUCCCUCCAUCAGCACUGUCUGAAGACAUCAUGGCAUCCAGUCUUUCUAUGCGCAGUUACUCCAUGGGCAGGCAGCCCUCUUUCUCCAACCUGUCUCUGAGGGACAGUGGGCGCAGCCGAUCCAAAGCUGCCGUCUCGUUUGCCGCAGCCAAGCCCCUUUCUCGUUCCAGCUCUAUGAACAUGGCUGACCUGAACAGCCUGGCUAACAUGUCACUCAAUGGUUUGGGAAACGGCACCAAUGACAAAGAAGCCAUGCAGAGCCUGAACAGCCGACUGGCCAACUACCUGGAGAAAGUGCGCUCUCUGGAAAAGUCCAACGCAGACCUUGAGCUCCGCAUCAAGCAGCUUAUGCUAGAACGUGUGCCCAAAGGCCACGACAUAGAUGCCAUGCUGGCACAGGCUCAUUCUCUGGAACACGAGGUCAGGAAGAAGACGCUGGAGAACGCUCGCAUCAUGUUGGAGAUUGAUAAUGCCAAGCUGGCUGCGGAUGACUUCAGAAUCAAAUGGGAAACUGAAAGUGCUAUGUGUCAGUCAGUGGAGAGGGACUGUGUGGCCCUAAAAAAAGCAAAGUCAGACCAUGACCAGAUCAUCGCCACACUCCGUGGAGACCUGGACAGCCUGAAAGAGGAGCUCUACUUCCUCAGGAAGAACCAUGAGGAGGAGAAAGAUAACCUGCGUUCACGCAUAGCCCAGGAAGAAGUCAAUGUGGAGGUCGAUGCUGCUCGUGGUCCAGAACUGGGCACAGUGCUGUCUGAACUGCGCUCUCAGUAUGAAGGUAUCGUUCAGAAGAACAAAGCCGAGGCAGAGGACUGGUACCGCAAAAAGCUGGAGGUGGUGCAGACGGAGGUACGUGAGAGUAACGAGGCACUGCGGGGUGCUCAGAGCGAACUCACUGAGAGACAGCGCUUCCUGCGAACCCUUGAAGUGGAACUGGAGAGCCUUCACAAACAGGUUGCAGCUCUGGAGGGGAACCUGGGUGAAACAGGCCAAAAGUACGCGGCGGAGAUGGAGCACCUGCAGGCCCAGCUGAACCAGCUGGAGGAGGAUCUGUCCCAUCUUCGGCUCGACAUGCAGCGCAACAAGACCGACUACGAGCAGCUGCUGCGCAUUAAACAGAACCUGGAACUGGAGAUCGCCACCUACAGGCGCCUGCUGGAGGGAGAGGAGGCCAUUAAGGAAGUCCCUGCUCCUCCCAAGAAAGAACCUGAAGUCCGUACCAGGAAGAUUGUAAAGGUGGUAACCCAGACCAUGGUCAACGGCAAAGUGGUGGACGAGUCGAGUGAGGUUGAACAAAUUGAGGAGUCUAAGAAGUGAAAACAAGAGCAUUUUAACCCAAAAUAAAGCUCUCAUUGUUUAUAAGGGUCUGUACUCGCUACUCGCCUCUCAGAGGCCCUCUGAAUUACUCUCCAAUAUCAGUUUCAGUCUCAUCAAAGCCUUUUAAGAUCAUCUUUCCUACUUCAUUUUCAGUUCAAACAAAGAGUCCACAUUACCGGAGAGGCCCCCCCUUCCACACCACACAAGUCCUGCCUUUGUUCUGCUUUAACGUUUUUAUCAAACUGAGAAUCCGCUUUUCCUUUUCCUGCUUGAAAUUUAGUUUCUAGGAUUAUAUAAGACAAGAGAUGAAAGUAGCAUCUUAUCUUUUGUAGUAAGUUUUGUUUUUGAGAUGAUGAUUGGUAGAGUAGGUACCUGUCUAUAAAACUGUAAAAUAAAAAUAAAGUCCUUCACAAAACAAA